UAGCUGACAAUACCAGUCAGUGUCGGCGCUUAUUCUCUCCACCCUUCCUCACUUUCUCUCUCUCUCUCUCUCUCUCUCCAUAUAUAUAUAGAUAGAUAUAUAUCACUCGUGAGCACACAAAACUGCCAAAAGCCACACUCAAAAGUGUAACCAUACAAAACUUAAACACCGAAAGCCACAUAAGUGAAAAAAAAGACAGACACACACAGUCCUACCUCUCUGAAAACCAAAAUGAGAUUCUUCUCUCUCUACAUUUGCCUCUUCUCUCUAUCACUUCAAUUGCCUCGGUGUCUAUCGAGUUACCAUAACUAUCCAGAGGCAUUAUCGAAAUCGAUUCUGUUUUUUGAGGGGCAGAGGUCGGGGUUCUUGCCGUCGGACCAGAGGAUGUCUUGGCGGGCAAAUUCCGGCCUCAGCGACGGCUGGAUGGUCAACUAUGACCUCACCGGCGGCUACUAUGACGCUGGCGACAAUAUCAAGUUCGGGUUUCCGAUGGCGUUCACCACCACAAUGUUGGCUUGGAGUGUGAUUGAGUUCGGGAAUUUGAUGCCCGCCGGCGAGUUGAGGAACGCUCUGGUGGCGAUUCGGUGGUCCACGGACUAUCUUCUCAAGACCGUGUCUCAGUCCAAUCGGAUAUUCGUUCAGGUUGGGGAUCCAAAUAUUGACCAUAGCUGCUGGGAAAGACCAGAAGAUAUGGACACAGCCAGGACAGUGUACAUGGUGGACGCACCGAACCCUGCUUCCGAUGUGGCCGGUGAGACCGCGGCAGCCCUAGCAGCUUCAUCCAUCGCCUUCCGAUCAUCUGAUCCCGGAUACUCCGACACAUUGCUGAGGCAAGCCACUGCGGCAUUUCAAUUCGCAGACAAUUACAGAGGGGCUUAUAGCGAUAAUUUGGAUAUUAGGGAUGGUGUAUGCCCAUUUUACUGUGACUUUGAUGGUUAUCAGGAUGAGUUAUUGUGGGGAGCAGCUUGGCUGAGAAGGGCCACCCAGAGUGAUUCUUACCUCAAUUACCUACAAAACAAUGGUAAAACUCUCGGAGCAGAUGACAAUAUUAAUGAAUUUGGGUGGGACAACAAACAUGCUGGUCUAAACGUGCUUGUUUCUAAGGAAGUCAUAGAAGGAAACAUGUACAAUCUCCAAUCUUACAGAGCAUCAGCUGAUAGUUUCAUGUGCUCACUCGUGCCCGAAUCUUCGGGUUCCCAUAUCGAGUACUCCCCCGGAGGGCUCAUUUACAAGCCCGGAGGAAGCAACUUGCAGCAUGCGACUACGAUCACAUUUCUCUUACUUGUCUAUGCCAACUCCCUGGAACGAUCCUCACAGGUUGUGAAUUGUGGUAGCAUUAGUGUUGGACCGGCAUUGCUCCGUAAAAUCGCCAAGAGGCAGGUUGAUUACAUUUUAGGUGACAACCCUAAGGGCAUAUCAUACAUGGUAGGGUACAGUAACUAUUUUCCUCAGCGGAUUCAUCAUCGUGGCUCGUCAUUGCCGUCCAUCAAGGACCAUCCUCAGUUCAUCGCAUGCAAGGAAGGCUCGGUAUACUUCAACUCAUCAAACCCUAACCCUAAUUUGCUAGUCGGGGCUGUGGUGGGUGGACCAGGGGAAGAUGAUGCUUAUGAAGAUGAUCGAGCUGAUUUUCGCAAGUCCGAGCCCACGACUUACAUCAAUGCACCGUUUGUUGGUGCACUAGCAUAUUUUGUUGCAAACCCUAACCCUAGCUAGCACAUUAACAAGCACUUGCUUGUAUAUAAUAACGCAACAAGGACCACAUUUAGGAUUAGUGCAGAGAAAUUAAGUCUCUCAUCUUGUGCUAAGCAAAGAGGGAAGAGGUUAGUUUUUGAAUCCUAUGACUAGAAUAGUCACGUAACUUAUGUGACAUUUCAUAGAAAGGGAUGUCAAAUUGGUCAUUCUUGUAACAUGUAAAAUUUCACUGCCUAUCUACGCUUUUAAUCGUUUCAUUUCCUUUGAAACGUGAUGCCUUUGAAACUCGAAAUAUAUUCCACAACUUCUAUUCUUAUUUUA